CAUGGAGAUCCACAAGAAGAUGCUAGCCAAGAAGCUCAAGGCGCUCUACAAGAUCGUAGAACACAAGAAUCCCCGCCUGCACCUGUCUCUUACCAUCCGCUACUUUGACGAUCUCAAGCUUGCCGACACCGCAAUUGUCGAACUCAAGGUCCCUGAAGACGUCGGCCGCUUCAUCAAGGCUGGCGAGCACAUGACUGAGGCCGAGAGACAACUUGCCGGCAUUGACCGCCUCCUUUUGACCAACGAGCACCUCGCACAACCGUGCGCAUACAACCCUGUCCGAACUGUCGAAGGUCUGCGCAUGCUAUUUGACUCGGGUUACAUUCGCAAGCCUGACAGCCCUCGUUGCGGCAUGUGGGACGAAUGCAUGUUCAGAGAGCUCGAGGUCCAGGGGUUUGUCAUCCGCCUGACAGUCGCCGACUUCCACUCGGUGGCCAACGAAGUCUGGGGUCCUGCCAACGCCGAACUCAGCAAGACCGUCCACUUCGAAUCCUGAAAGCUCCCAACCAGAUACGAGAUGGAUCAAACAUACACCGGAGCGUUCGGUCCGCGACACAUAUUGACAAGGCCAUCCGAGAGCAAACUUCGACAAAUCAGCUGCUGGCAGCGUACGAUCGAGAGUAGGAAGGGUCGUUUUCCAGGCUCGCAAGCAUGAUACAUCAUAGCGUUAGCUGAAGCAAACAUAAGACGGUCGACAAGG